AUGAUUUUGCAGAAAAUCGAAUCGAUCAUUUGUAAUGAACUAAUAAAGUAUGAGUGGACAAAAUGCAUAUUUAUAGAAAGUGAAAAGAAGGAACAGAAAAUGGAAGUCAGUGAGAAUAGUACGAUUCCUCUUACAUUUUUAAAAAUCAUUGCUACAGAUCCAAUUUUAAUAUUUUGUUUUGUGGGCCUUCCUAUAGACAUUAAUGUAGAUGAACAUCUUGAAAAGGCUAAUGGCAACGAACAAUGUGAUACAUUAAUAUAUGCUUUAUCCAAAGAGCAGAUAAAACAGCAAUGCGAAGAACAAGGUUAUAUGGACCUAGCUUAUGACUCAAUUUGGACUAAGAUUCUAAAAACUGAUCUACAGAGGGAAUACCUGUUAAAUAAUACAAAUUAUGUGAUAUCUUUUAUCCUGCUGUUAUCAUCUGAGUUACAUUUGAAAUUAAGUGUGUCAUUAACACCGUGCAAUUCACUAUCUUUUGGUUGUUUAUCAAUUUUACACUCAAAUCUAAUGAAACAACUUGUAAUUACUACUACUCUUCUAUCUAAUCAAUUAAAGGUUCAAGAUUGUAUUUUAAGAAAGAAAGAUGAGAUUAUUGGAUAUUUAAAAGAUACUAUUAUUGGUUUAGGUGGGUCGCAAAUUUUAAAUAAAUGGGCACCUGCUGGAUCCAAUAACUAUUGUUGCAUGCAAAAAUAUGAAAGUGCAGAAAUUCAGCUCCCUCCUGAUAUAAAUGUACAAUGGGUAGAAGAUAAUAUACAAAAUAUGAUGCAUCUAUAUUUAAAAUUUAAAGAUAACAAAUAUAGAAAAGAUGAUUCUUUUGGCUUUGGGAAGAAUGUUAAUGAAAUACAUGGAAAAAAAAAAUUAGAGGUAUCUUCUUCAGAAUCCAACUUAUAUGUUAAAAAAUCUUCUAGUACUGAAUCGAGUAGUAAUGAAACUAAUUUAUUGAAUAUUGAAAGAAACCAAGCAAAGAAGUCUAAGAAGACAACAAGGCUUUUUGGUAAAGUUAGAGUAUCCAAAGAUUCCUGA